AGAAGAACAAAGCCCAUUAUACGAGGCAGAGAUACGGCUAUGCAUGUGCUCUCCUGCCCACAGUCACAUGAGGUGCACUGAGGAACAGCUGAAGGGUCUGCAGUGGCCAGGAGCCACUGAGAGACAGCUGGCACUCAGUGUGCCAGGGGCAGCAGCAGACAAGAGAGGGCACGCGGGAGCAGAUUUCACCACUUGA